UUUAAAAAUCAAAAUUAAAUAAUAAAUAAGACAUGUUAUUAUGUUAUUUAAUGUUUAAAAACUAAAAAAGAGUUGAAAAUUGUGUAAUAAUACUCAUGUUCUUCAAGAGGUUUUACUGAUAUUGAUAUUGAUAUUAUUUUACCAAAAGUGUCUACUCAAAAGUCAUGUAUUUAAUGCUACUAUUGACUUGAGUCAUAAUAAUCAAACAAAUAAUUUUGAUCUCCUUACAUUUUAAAAUUUUACCACUUACAGAAAGGUUGCAAAUUUACUAUGAAUACAAUCAGCAAGUAUGUGCAGUAUCUGCGACAAAUGCAUAUAUCACCAUCAAAUAUUUUUUGGCGCCAGUAUACAAUUAAACAAAAACACCAGUUUUCAACAAAUAUAAAUUCAACAUUUUUAAAUUUGUCUCCAUGUUUUAUAAAAAUAAGAUAUUUAUCAAAUACUAUUAGUCAAUCAGGUUUAUCAGACAUAGCUACUACCAAUGAUAUUUUAAUUACUAGUAUUAAAAAUGCAAAACAAACAAGUGAUGUGUUGCAAAUGUUACGACUUCACAGUACUGCAAUGAGUGCUCCACAACAUUUACAAGCAUUAAAUUCUUUAUUUUUUCUGCAAAAAAGUAAAAGAACAAAUAUAUCUAAGGAAGAACUAACUCGUAGCCCAGAAUUUACAGCGAUGUGUCAUAAAAUUCAAAAUUAUUCAAGAAAUCUUGAUCUAAAUGAUGUUAUGAAUAGUGUCAAGUGCUUAUCAUAUUUGGGUGUAUCUGUUAACAGUAACAUCAUGCAAAUGUUAUUACAGUUAAUUAGUAAAAUGAUAAAUGAUAUGUCUUUACAACAAAUUACUUUUUUACAUUUUUUGUUAAAAGAAUUAUCAUCAUGCCCUUUAGUUGAUGCUUUAAAACUGGCAUUACCAAUUGUUUUUGAAACACAAGUACAAUACAAACUAGAAGAUAAUCUAUACUGGCAAGUGGAAUUCCUCAACUAUAUAGCUAAACAUAAGUUGUCUCAAGAAACAUAUGAUUUUGUCAUGGCAAGAAUUAUAAAAAAUAUUGAUCAGAUUAGUCCUAAAAUUGUUCAAAAUUUAUUGCUUUGUCUAUACUACAAAAACUAUUCAACUGAAAAAUAUAUUGAUACAAUUAACAGAUGUUUGCAAUAUUAUACGAAUCAUCUAGAAUAUAUUGCUGAUAUUUCAGAUGUUGAAGCUAUCUUGUCAAGAAUGAUAAAUAAGUAUUCCACAGAUUCUGAGUUGUUUUAUAAUGAACAAUUUAUAAAUACAAUUAUGGAAUUCAUGAUAAAAAAUGAACAGAGUUUUGAAAAUUUGGCAUUUGUAAUAAAAAAAUUAAAUAGAAUUGGAUAUGUUCACCGCGGAUUACUUGAUUAUAUGACAAAUAAACUAACCAGUAGACAUAAUAUUUUAGAAAAUAUGAAAUUUGGAGUAUUAUUAUCUUACAUUGCAGCAUGUGCUAAUGCAAAUUAUGUUCCACCAGGUUUUGAUGAGUUAAAACCACUUAUAUUGACAAGACUUAACAUUCAAAAGGAUGUUUUAGAACUACCCUGGUUAAUAGCAACAUUUGACUUGGCUGUUUUAGGCUUUUGGUCAGAAGAGCUGUUAGAAAGAGUAUUUUCUAGAGAUUUUCUUUAUGGAUUCUUGAAACGAAGUGAUAAUAUACAUGAUUACAUUAUGCUGCUUAAACUGUAUCAGGCUUCAAAAACUUUAUACCCUGGAGGUUAUAAAGGAUCAUUGCCACCCCAGGAAAUUAUUGAAAAAUCUAUCAAGAUUUAUCAACAUAAUAUCAAUGAUUUUCCACUAAAAGCUGCCUUAGAACAUGGCUUGGGUGGAAGUGAUUAUGUACUAACAGGGGUCAGAAGCAAAUUAGGACAUUUUAUUGAUCAUUUAGUCGUGAUGAGACCAGGCGGAUACCCUGUUGCUAUCAAAAAUGAAAUCAAAGACAAUGAAUCAUUGUUUUUGGAAAAUAUAGUUGGCGCUAGUGAUAAUUUUGCGAUUGCCAUACUACUUUACAAACCAAAUAGUUAUGUCAUCAAUUUAAAUUCUUUAAGAGGUCCAUACAUGCUAACAAACAAAACAAUUGAAGCUCUAGGUGUAAUAGUCUUACCUAUAUCAUUAGAUGUUUGGGAUGGCCUUAUUGAUUAUGAAAAGAUACCUUUUAUCAUGAGAGAGUUAAAAUCAAAGGCUGAUCUUAGUUUAACUAUUGAAUAG